AUGCUGCGGGGGGUGUUUGAUAGGCUCCACGAUCCUAGACGGCCGAUUGAACCUCCUUAUCCGUCUACGAAGCCUUCCAAGGCGGAGCAGUUGGGUGAUGAUGAUCCAGAUCCACGAAUUGAAUCAGAUGCGCGACUGCUCCUGAAGCAUGCGCCGCCGGGACCCUGCUACGACAACCUCAAAAACAACGUCGCAACCCGGCUGAUGCGCACCAAACUCAACGCCUGGCCCGACGGCACGCCAGACUUUGUCAGCCAUCACGUCCUUCGCGAUUAUAUCCAGGAUACGGCGCGCAAAUGCGGCGCGGACAGUGUGACUAUCUACGGAGCAAGGGUCUUGCGCGUCCGCAAGGUCGAUGACGACUCUGGCUCGAAGUGGGAGGUAACCUGGUCGACGCUGAGACAGCAGCAGCAGCAGCAGUGGCAGGAAGAGAGGCAUCAUUCGACGUUUGAUGCUGUCGUCGUCGCGUCCGGACACUACCAUGCCCCCAGAAUUCCAGACAUCCCCGGUCUGGCGGAGUCGAAAGCGCGGUGGCCAGCUCGGAUCUGGCACUCCAAGGUGUAUAGGAAUCCAGAGGGGUUCGAGAAUAAGAACGUCCUUCUCCUCGGAGCCGGCGUCUCGUCGACUGAUAUCGCCCGUGAACUGGGCCCUGUCGCGCGAGAAAUCUACCAGAGCUCCCGCAAUGGGCUCUUUGAUCUUCCUGCCAGCGCCUUGCCCGAGAAUGGCAUCCGGGUGAGCGAGGUCGAGUCUUUUGAAAUCACAGAGAAAGGAAAUACUGCCGACUCGACACUCUCGUCUGACUCCCCCCUCCCACUCAUCGUCCAUCUCAAGUCCGGUCAGAAGCUCUGCGACAUCCACGCCAUCAUCCUCUGCACCGGAUACCACAUCACCCUGCCCUUCCUGCCCGACUACCACGACGACGAGACAUCGCCCGCCGACGCCAGCGACACAGUCCUGGUGACGGACGGCACGCAGGUGCACAACCUGCACAAGGACAUCUUCUACAUCCCAGACCCCACUCUGGCAUUCGUCGGCGUGCCCUACUACACCGCGACGUUCACGCUCUUCGAAUUCCAGGCCAUCGUCGUCGCCGCCGUUUUCUCCGGCAACGCCCAGCUGCCCGAACAGAGCAAGCAGAGAGAAGAAUACAGGGCCAAACUCGCCGCCAAGGGCGUGGGCAGGGUCUUCCAUUCGCUGCACAACCAGGAGGAAGAGUAUGUCCGGGACCUGCUCGACUGGAUCAACCGGGAUGGCGCGGCGCAUGGCCGGCCGCCGGUCGAGGGUCACACGCCUACCUGGUUGAAGGCCAAGGAGGAGCAGCUAGAGCGCAUGAAGGCCUUGUUUGGUGUUCCUGGAGAGAAGAAAGAGUCGAGCGAUGUCAUUGUCGCGCCGUUGGUGCGGAGAGCUCAUUUACUCUCAUGA